AUGGCCGACGCCGACGACGCCGACGACUCGGGCUACGAGCUGAGCCUGAGCGCCCCCGUCGCGCGCCGCCGCGAGACCAUCACGCGCCAGCUGCAGCGCGAGAUCCUGCGCGAAAUGGGGGCGGACAAGCCGCCGCAGGAGCAGGAGCAGGAGGAGGAGGAGCGCAAGACGGAGGACGACGACCCCGCAGGCAUCAGGAGGCGCACGCUGUCGCCGUCCAAAGCCGCGCAGAUGCUGCGGGACAUGGACGCGCUAGAUGCCUCCAUCUCCAGGCGCGACACGGUGAGUCCGCAGGCGCUCAAGGCCGUUCUAAGCGUCGCUGAGCACCAGCAGCACCGGGAGGAGGAGAGGAAGGAACAGGUAGAACACUCUCUUGAGAGCGGGAGGACGGAGAACGAGGAGAAUGUGCUGGACUCUCCUCCCGCUUCGGCGAGCGAGCAGCCCAGGAAGAGCCCUCUGCCACCGGCUGCUGCAGAACACGAGCGCAGGAAGUCUGUCAACACCAGCGACAGCUUCACAGACUCCAUGUUUGCGCCCAAUCUAUUGGAAAAGGACGCGGCUAGUAGAGCGACGCUGGACCCGACGGAGGCGGCGUCGGUGGUCGCGGCGCUGCAGAAGGAGGUGCGGAACAUGAGCAGCUCAACGCUUGAGAUGGAGGAGACCGACUCGGACAGCGACAACCAGAAGAGCGCUGCUGCUGCUGCUGCGCAGCCCAAGCAGUCUAAGAUCAAGGCGCCCACUCCGCUGAGUGAAAAAUCGUCAUCCCCGACUGAAGAGGCGAAGGGUAGAAAGUCGCCGUCACCGGCGAAGGAGGCGUACAACAGGAAAUCCCCGGCCCAAGCGAAGGAGCCGAAAAGGAAGAAAUCACCGACCCCGACGAAAAGCAAUUCCAACCGCCGGGCUACUGUUGACCCUAGCGACGUACUGAUGAUGCUUGAGGGCAGCUCGCAGCCAGAGGAUGGACGCCGGCAGACAAUUGACGAAAACGGAUUACUCGAGUUGACAAGCGCACUGGACUCUCCGUUAACAGGCGGCAAGGGCUCUGCGCGCAAGCAAAACGAAGAGAUCUCGCGCAAGCGUGCUCAUGAUUCCGACGUGCGAGAAGGGAGCCCGGAAAAGCGUGCACGGUCGGAUGGGGAUAACAACGGUGACCAAAUGAUGGAGUCGAUGGAGAUAGACUCGCCUGUGCAUAGCAAGGAAAGUUCACCUUCACUUCGAAAGGCAGCAACCAACGACAACCAAACACGAGAGGAAGGUCCGUCCUCAGGAACCGCAAAGCCGGCGUUGUUUUCACCUCCGCCCACAGGGACGCGAGUCAGGACUCCGCUGAAAGGAAUUUUGAGCGCUCGAAAAGGAAAGAGAAACGCGAUGCAGACAACGCCGACGAAAACGGUGAAUUUUGGCCCAUCCCAGGGCGCCGAGUUCAAUCAUGGAUCGCCAUCGACGUCAAUGACCCCCAUGCUAGCCAAGGAUGCCUCCAAGCGUUACCCGUCAGAGCUGCCGCCUUCUUCAGAGGAAGAACCCGACGACGCUGAGACAUCACUGAACUCGUCCAUUCUUGAUGAAGCCGAUUCGUUCGACGAGGAGGAGGAGGAGGAGGAGCAACCGAAAGAAGUUGUUUCGCCGAAGGUGACACAGGUGAAAAAGUCCGGUUUUGAUCUGUUGGCAUCGCGGAGAAGUAGCCUUAUGGCUCCCAAGUCAGUUGAUAGAAGCCGCCGUCGACAAAGUCUUCGAGGGUACAGUCCGCUGGAUAGCCAAACUGAAGCCCGACGACGCAGGCGCCAGACCAUCAACAUCGCUCGCCAAACCUCGUCAAAGGCGACACCUGCGUUUACUACUGCGACCAGGCCGAUUUCCAGCUCGCAAUCUCCUCCUUCCUCGAGAAAUAAUUCGUUUUUAAGAGCGGCCGACGUGGCGGAGACGACUCGUAUGCCUUAUGCAGAUUCGUCAGCGUCCUCUGACGCUGGGGAGGACAUGGAAAUCACGGGCGAGUACUCGAUCGUAAUGGGACGUGAUAGCAUAGCACCGAGCACAUUAGCGUCGGCAUCUGCUGGUAUGCCUCGAGAUGAAGACACGGCGGAGUUCAGCUUGGGACAUCUUCUCGCUGAAUCAUCCGUAUAUGAAUUAACCAAGUCUGCACCUGAGCCUGACCUGAAUGAUCUUCCUGGAACGCUGGGUGAUCUGGCUAGUGAAGUUGCGGAUGUGCCUUCAAGUCAAGGUAGCCAGGCUGCCAAUGCCUCUCAAAAGUUGAAUGACCAAGACAACACACUCGACCCAAUUCAAGAAGGAGACGAAACCAUGGCAUCCUCACGUGGCCAGAGCAUGAUGAGCCUUGUUUCUAGUGACGACAGCGAUGAGGAAUAUGCCGCACGCCGAAAGUCUAUUAACGUAAACCUGACACCUCAGUUCGAGCGGGCUAGCAUUGGCGGUGAACCCAGUCAAGCUGUUCAAGCCCCACCGACACCCGAGUCACUUUCGGUUCACUUGAUCACGAUGGAAGAACUUCUCUCGUCUGUUACGCUUGACGAAAUAAAGUCAGUGGCGGAGAAUGAUGAUGAUUUUUUCGGAGAGGAAGCCGAGUCUUCUGACGAUCUGAUCUCGACGAGUGUCAAGCUUGCGUGCGCAUAUGAUACGUGCUCGGAGGCAAUCGAGUGCCGUGGUACAGAUAUCUCGUCGUGGUCUGCGGAUCUAGCGGAGGAAUUGUCAUCCCUGUUGCAGAUCAAGGCUCCGGGUGUUUUUAGUCCAGAGAACCUCGAUGAUGCAGGCCGCGAGGCCAUUCGAGAGCUGUACGCUACUGAGGCAAUGAUGGCUCAAAGUGGUUGGUGCCAGCUGCAAACUCAGAUGGAAAAUCAACUGAGUAGCAGUUUGUCGUUGGGUGCGGAUGCAUUAACGAACGAUGUGAAAAUGCUGAAGAAUUGCGUCUCCAGCGACACGUUGAAACGUCAAAAUGAACUCGCUGCUAUCAGGGAGAUGAUCGAUCGUGAGGAACAAAUGGCCCUUCUGCUUGAUGCGAUCGAGGAACAACAGGGUGCUCAUGAUGAGUACGUGACUGCUGUGAAGGAUCUCGAGAAUGAAUGUUCCUCGCUCUCGCUGGAGGAAUCUGUACUACAGAGCCGCCUGAAGGUGCUAGAGGGACGGGCAGCGGAACUGGAGCCGGUGACUUCGGCAGCAGCAACGUUGUUCGAGCAGGAAGUGCUGGCGACGGAGGAAAUGCUUGCGAUCCAGGAGAGCAUGACCGUGUGGAAGAUUCGAGAAGCAACAGCCUCUCUUCUGCGCGUUAGUGCUCAUUUCGAGGAUGUGCUGUUUGAUGUCGAAGUCAACGUCGAUGUCCAUUUGGGGUCCCCUUCAACGGGUGGCGCAUCCACGUUGAUCAGAGUGAAUGAGUCUCUCAAGCAGAGAGAACAGAACACGUACCUUCCUAUCGAAGGCGACGUGGUGUUGGUGUUGCAGCGGCUACUGCUAGAUCCUCACUACAUUUCACGCAUCGCUGACGAGUCUGAACUGGGAGACGGAAAUGACGGUCGCGUAUGUUCCAAGCUGCAGAUUCUGGAGCAUUUCAUCAACAGGUCUUUCCGUUUGUUGAAGGAGUUACGCGAGCUCUCUACCCACUUUGCGAUGCGCUUCGAUGAAGAUGAUAGUACGCUCUGGAUUGAUUUCCUGAAGUUCCCGUCUACCUUAGCUCGCAUGAGUGUCGAAGGCGCGCACUUCAGCGUUGGGUUCUCUCUCCUUCCAGUGUUUCCAUAUACCGACUACCAGACGGCUGUACAGGUCCCACACGGAGAGGUAUGUUAUCUCGAGUUAUCCAUGCGCUUUCAUCGUGGUCGACUUACUGACGUUCUUUUUGUUUAG